GCCGGCUACGGAUCGGCGUCUAGCAACUACGUUAAGAACAUGGCGGCGCCCGAAGUGAUAAGUGCACAGAACGUUCGGAGCAACGCGAAGCGAACUAAGGCAGAAAGAAAAGCCGAUCGCAAGUUGACAAGAUGUGCCAAGAUGCUAGAGAAGAAAACCGGCAUCACGGUGUGCGAUCACCCUACCAGGUACCUGGUCCUGAACAACUGCGGGCUCGUGUGCGGUGGAAGCUACGAGUCCAUUCUUGACGAGCUGGGCAAGUACGGAGACGUCGAGGACAUUGUGCUCCUUCCGGGUCAGCAGUUUGCGUUCGUCGCCUUCCGAGACGUCGCGGACUGCGUCUCGGCUGCGACGUUUUUGAGCACGAGACCGUCACACCUCGUCGCCGACGGAUCGGUGCACUCCGCAUUCGUGGAUAAAGUGCCGGAGCACAGCAGCUGCGGGGCCCCCUUCCUGGAGCAUCCCCCGGGCCUGCAGCUGGUGCGGGAGGCCGUGGACGAGGCUGAGGAGGCAUUGCUCUGGCGUCUCGUCUCCUGGGACCGGGACUGUCGCGCUUUGAAGCAGCGCGAGGUGAGGCACUUUGGCUAUGCCUUCGACUACGAGCUGCAAGGGGUGCGCAAGGAUGCCCCGCUCGCCGAGCCCAUCCCCGAGGAGUGCGCGCCUUUCCUCGGCAGGCUCGUCGCCUCGGGCCGUCUGAGCGGGCUUCCCGACCAGCUCACCGUCACGCGCUACCUGCCCGGCCAAGGAAUACCCCCGCACGUGGACAGCCACGUCUCGUUUGAGGACGGCAUCGUCUGCCUGAGCCUGGGCUCCCCCGUGGUCAUGGACUUUCGACACCCCGACGGGGACCGCGCGGCGGUCCUCCUGCCCCCCCGCAGCGCUCUGCUGCUUCACGGGCCCAGCCGCUACAUCUGGACCCACGGGAUUGCGUCGCGCAAGUCAGACGUGGUCCCUCGGACGGAAGUUCCAGGCCAGGGGUUGACUCUCUCCCCACGGGACGUCCGCAUCUCCUUCACUUUUCGGCGGAUACGACGUGGAGACUGCGGCUGCGGGCACGACCUGCUAUGCGACUCGAGUCGUCUCACCAAGAGUGAUCGGGAGGCGAAGAGGCUGGAGGAGGAGCACGUCUAUCAGGUGUACGAGAGCAUAGCGGAGCAGUUCAGUGGGACGCGCCACCGGGAGUGGCCCCGGGUGGCAGCCUUCGUGGAGGCUUUGGAGCCGGGCUCCCUGCUGCUCGACGCGGGCUGCGGCAACGGCAAGUACCUGCUGGGGCAUCCGCACGUGCUCAAGGUGGGCUUUGAUCGGAGCGGCGGACUGGCGGCCAUCUGCCGGUCGAGGAACCUGGAGGUGGUGCAGGCAGACACCCUGGACGUGCCUUUCAGGAGCGGCAUCUUCGACGCCUGUCUCUCCAUUGCGGUGCUACACCACCUGGCAACUCCCGAGCGGCGGGAGGCGGCGGUGCGCGAGAUCCUGCGGCUCCUGCGGCCGGGAGGGCGGGCCCUGAUCUACGUCUGGGCGCUGGAGCAGGCUGAGGGCGCACCGUCCAAGUACCUCAAGGCGUCCAGGAACGCCGGUCACACACUCCCCUCGGGGUGCGAGUCGAUGCCGGGCCACUUGCCGGUGCACGCCAACCGGACGCAGUUCGAGGCCCGGGACAUGCUGGUGCCGUGGCACUCCAGGGGCACCCAAGAGGUGCACUACAGGUACUACCACCUGUUUGAGCGUGGCGAACUCUCUGGACUGCUGGAGCGGGUGUCACCCGGCUGCGUCCUCGAAGAAUACCACGACCAAGGGAACUGGUGCGCGGUCUUUGGCAAAGACCCGUCGACAAGUGCCCCUCUGGGCAGCAGACCUUCCAGCCUUUUAUUUCGAGCGUCAGAUGCCAAAUAAAUGGCCGU